UCCGGCAGUGGCGGUUGUUUCAGUAUGGCGUCCGUUGCUGAGGGCAGAAACGGCGCCGGGAUUUAUUGGAUUAAUGACACAUCAGACGAAGAGCAGUCCAUGGUCUUUAUUCCAGGGGUGAGUAAAAAGAUGGGGCUGAAGUCUGUGUCCACAGGCAGUAACGAAGGGAGGGUCAAAGGGAGAGCUGCCUUAGACAGAGCAGAGAUGAGUAGGAAGAAAGCAGGCCUGCCAAUGUCACGUCACGCUGUAGAAACACCUGUACCUAAGGCUCCAUUACAGAAGACCUCUGCUUUUUCUGCCAAAUCUAAAACCCCUACCCAGUUGUCAGAGCCACCAGUGACUCAGGCCCUGUCCCAUAAAUCUGAGGCCAAAAGCAAAGCUUCACUUAAAGACCUCUGCCCAGAAGACAAGCGUCGCAUUGCCAACUUGAUUGAGGAGCUGGCCAGAGUAAGUGAGGAGAAAGAGGAGUCUGUGCAGAGACUCAGAGACGAACAAGAGACGUUUGAGAAAAAGAUCCAACAGCUCGAGCAACAGAACCGACUCAUUGUGCAGGAAAGAGAAAGCUUGCAGCAGCAGUACAGGGAGUGCCAGGAGCUGCUGGGACUUUAUCAGCAGUACCUCUCCCAGCAGCAGGAGAAACUCAACAAGUCCAUCGCCCAGCUCAAUCAGUCUCGCUCUCACUGCAAGAUGGCCAGCAGUGAGAAAGCUCUCAGCAGACCACAGGGUGGGGGAGGGAAGGGGACUGCUCUGGAUGGCUCUUACUUGGAUCUGCCGUCUUAUGGAAGUAAGGGUGGAAUAGAGGGGGCAGUGGAUCGUGCUCAAUCUUUUUUAGGAGGGCUCUGUAGUGACAGCAGUGGGCAUGAUGGGUGCACUAUAGGUGCCCACAAGUGUCCAGAAGGAGCAUGGAGUGAGCCUGGACCUGAUAGGCGCUCAAAAAGGGAGCAGUUGGUCAACACUGCUGUGGGACCACACGGUGCCACAGAGCCUAGAGGCUCAUGCCAUGGUUUAGGACUGGAGAAUAGAAACAAGGCCAGUGUGGAGCUUAGCAAGACAGUGGCCCCACUUGGCAGGGAGGACUGGGCAGAGAAGCGCCAGUGUUUGCUGCUUCAGAAGAAGCAGCUGGAGCUGGAAAGGGAGAGACUGCAGGCACGACUUGCUCAGCAAGAGGAGAGACUACUAAAACAGAACCAGGAGCUCCGCCAGUCCCGCCUUGACUACAGCAAGUUCCAGCAAGCAGCCACAGCAGAAUUAGAGCAGUCUUUUAAAGAAACAAGGCUUAAUGAAGAUCUUCAUCCCAGUGUCAUGUUAGAUUCACACAGUGAAAGAAAAGAAGGAGGUCUACAGGCCUUGCAGAGAAGUGUCAGACAGCCUUUAAAUGAUGUUCAGCCACAAAAGUGCAAUGGGAACAUUCAACCUCCUGAGCCAAUACUUGUGCAUGAGUUCUCUGCAGUCACCAAGAAGGAUAUGGCCACCUCUCCUGUGCAUUCCCAGAGCUUCCAAAAACCCCUGGCCAUGCCCCUCAGCAUUCCCAAAACUCCUGAGGCCCCCAGGUUGGACUCGUCUUUGAUCGAGCUAUUGGACAUCUUCAGCCCUGUUGCUAACCCAGGCAGAAGCAGGGUCAGCCCCAUUGUCCACAGGAAUUUCGCUGGUGCUCGGCAGCCUCUCAGUGCCAUCCGCCCCCCUCACAGGUCCCUGCUUUCUCCCCCAGGCCAAGCCCAGCCAUCACAGCAAGACUUGGAGGAGAGUCAGAUUCUGGAAGACAUUUUCUUCAUCUGCUGAAAGGAGAGCACAGUGACUCACCACGACUUUGACGAGAGCUCAGUAAGGCUGUUAAUUCUGUACGUGCAGCUGAGUCCUUGCUUUGUAGCUCGCCACAGGGCACAAACACGCCUCAGUGCUUUCUAAUCAUUCCUGUGCUUCUGAUGCCUCUUUCUAUCGUUGGUCUUAAAUUGCUUUUUUGAUGCCUUUGUAAGUGUCUUAAUUUUAAGCUUAUGCCAAAGUAAUCAUGGCUUUUGUGAGUUUACUACUCAUUUUUGUACGGUUGACAUGUUUUUUU